GCUUGAGAAGAUAGCAGAAGUAAAAGGCGCUUGGGUUCUCCAAUACUGAAUUCCUGAAUCCUGAGGUCAAAGUUCCCGGCGGUUAAAAAUCAAAGCACCGUGGCUCACUCAAGCCAACAAUCUCAGUCUCUCUCCCGGAGAAAGUCUUCCGCAACCGCCACAACUUCAUCAUCAUCUUCUUCUCCGACUAGGAUCGUUUACCGAGAGAAAUUUCCAGCUGAAUCUGAAGAUUUGCCUUUUUGGCAGAAAACCUGGUUCAUUCUUGUUUUGCUUGUUAUGGCUUUCGCCUUCUUUGCCCUCGCCAUCUUCCUCUUUCUCUCACUUGAUUCCGACUACUUUGCCUCCGCUGUCCCUGCCUCCGAGGGUGUAGAGGUUACAUAUGGGUCUGUGAUCAAACUGAUGCAUGAAAGAACAAAGUUCAGGCUGCAUUCACACGAUGUGCCGUAUGGUUCUGGAAGUGGUCAGCAAUCAGUUACUGCUUUUCCUAAUGUUGACGAUUCCAAUAGCUACUGGGUUGUUAAGCCUGUACCCGACACGCCUGCAAAGCAGGGUGACACCGUCACAAAUGGGGCAAUUAUCCGCCUGCAACACAUGAAGACUCGUAAAUGGCUACACAGUCACCUCCAUGCAUCCCCUAUAUCAGGGAACUUAGAGGUAAGUUGCUAUGGGGGAGAUUCAGUCUCAGAUACAGGGGAUUUCUGGAAACUUGAAAUCGAGGGAAAAGGGAAGAUCUGGAAGCAAGAUCAGAAGAUCAGGCUUCAUCACGUGGACACUGGAGGGUAUCUGCACAGCCAUGACAAGAAAUAUCAGCGCAUAGCUGGAGGUCAGCAAGAGGUUUGUGGUGUCAAAGAGAAGAGCCGGGACAAUGUUUGGCUUGCAGCAGAGGGUGUAUACCUCCCAAUCAGUGAUGGAAAGGCAGAGUCAUCUUAGUUUUCUUCACCCAAUUAACCUCAUUAGUAUUACUCAGGAUCCACUCUAUUGAUGCUCUGAAGCGAAUUUUGAGUUGGUGUAGCAUUGCUCUCUUAUUUAUGUUGUCUGGAACGUAUAGGUGAGUAGGACUGAUGUUUUUAUAACAGGAAAGGCUACGAUACUUGAAGCUCUUUGGUUGAUGAUGUAUGUGUUAUGAAGUGUAAGAGGGGCUAGUUUCAUCUAUAAACUUUUCAAGAAGGCCACAGUUUAUUGUUUUUAACACUAUAUUUUUAGCAUCUAUACUUUUAAAAGUAAUAGUCAAAUUGCUCUAUUACCUUAAAACUGAGGUGGUUGUUAUUUAUCAAACUUGAAACUUCCCUCAA